AUGGCUCCUCGUAAGGGUAAGGAAAAGAAGGAAGAACAGGUAAUCAGCCUGGGCCCUCAAGUCGCAGAGGGUGAGAAUGUGUUUGGAGUGUGCCACAUCUUCGCUUCCUUCAACGACACUUUCGUCCAUGUCACUGAUCUCUCUGGCAAGGAAACCAUCUGCCGGGUGACUGGUGGGAUGAAGGUGAAGGCCGACAGAGAUGAAUCCUCCCCAUAUGCUGCCAUGUUGGCGGCCCAGGACGUGGCCCAGCGGUGCAAGGAGCUGGGUAUCACUGCCCUCCACAUAAAGUUGCGUGCAACAGGUGGAAACAGGACCAAGACGCCAGGACCAGGAGCACAGUCGGCCCUGCGAGCUCUUGCCCGCUCCGGCAUGAAGAUCGGUCGAAUUGAGGAUGUCACCCCCAUUCCCUCAGACAGCACUCGCAGGAAGGGUGGUCGCCGUGGUCGUCGUCUGUAG